AUGGGUGCCCUCUUGUCUCUACCGCUGAUGGCGCUGCCCAGCGUCGGCACGCUCAUCACCCUCGGCGGUUCAUGCUGCGGCGCUGCGACUUGCUCUGCUGUCUGCAGUGCAUGCGGAAAGUUUCAGAAUAGUAUGGCAACACGAAUCGCAUACGCCUUCAUCCUGUUGAUCAAUUCUAUCGUAUCCUGGAUUAUGCUCACGCCAUGGGCUAUGAAGAAAUUGCAACACUUGACUUUGGAUUAUAUGGAAAUCAAAUGCGACGGCAAGGAAUGUCACGGUUGGGUUGCAGUUCAUCGCAUCAAUUUCGGUCUCGGUCUCUUCCACUUGAUUCUCGCUCUCUUGCUCCUCGGCGUCAAAAACACCAGAGAUAGUCGUGCCGCCCUUCAGAAUGGUUUCUGGGGCCCGAAGAUCUUGUUCUGGCUGGGCUUCGUCGUCAUGUCCUUCUUUAUCCCCGAGCCUUUCUUCUUCGUCUACGGCAACUAUGUCGCCUUCUUCUGUGCGAUGCUCUUCCUGCUCCUGGGUCUGAUCCUUUUGGUGGAUCUUGCGCAUUCAUGGGCCGAGCUUUGUCUGCAGAAGAUUGAGGACAGUGACUCGCGUCUGUGGCGGGGCCUCCUCAUCGGAUCGACUCUUGGCAUGUACCUGGCCUCGCUCGUCAUGACGAUUCUUAUGUACAUCUUCUUUGCCAAGAGCGGGUGCUCCAUGAACCAGGCUGCGAUUACGGUCAACUUGAUCGUAUUCCUGAUUAUUUCGGCCGUGUCUGUUCAGCCCGCCGUCCAAGAGUCCAACCCUCGCGCCGGGCUGGCCCAAGCCGCUAUGGUCACUGUGUACUGCACCUAUCUCACGCUUUCCGCCGUCUCGAUGGAGCCGGAUGACCACAACUGCAACCCCUUGGUCCGUUCGAGUGGUACCCGUACCGCUACCAUCAUCCUGGGCGCAAUUGUGACCAUGGCUACCGUUGCGUACACUACCACGCGUGCGGCCACCCAGGGCAUUGCCUUGGGCUCGAAGGGUGGACAUGGCUAUAUUGAACUUGGUGUGGACGAUAACGAGCAUGGUCUUGUCACCCAGCAGCCCAACAGCCGCCGGGAGAUGCGUGCCGAAGCUCUCCGAGCUGCCGUCGAGAGCGGCAGUCUGCCGGCCAGUGCUUUGGACGAGAGCGACGAUGAGGAUGACUUUGAAACUAGCAGCAAGGAUGACGAGCGUGGCUCUACCCAGUACAGCUAUACUCUCUUCCACAUUAUUUUCUUCCUGGCCACGACCUGGGUGGCCACCCUGCUGUCGCAGGGUCUCACGGUUGAGACCGACUGGGACUUUGCUCCUGUCGGCCGGACUUACUGGGCCAGCUGGGUGAAGAUCUUCAGCUCUUGGGUCUGCUAUGCGAUCUACCUCUGGUCAUUGGUUGCACCGGUGGUGUUGCCCGAUCGCUUUGCUGCGUAUUAA